ACCAUUAUUUAUUCAUACACAGUGCCUGCUGCCUAAAUCCAGGGCCUCUGUAUCAUCCUUUCGGACUUUGUGGUAAGCAAUUUUCUCUGACCGGAAAAAGAGAAACCAUGGCGGCGAACACCACGAUCGGCGGUGAACGGGAUUACGAUAGAGCUGAAGAAGUCAAGAAAUUCGACCAAUCCAAGUUCGGGGUUAAAGGCCUCGUUGACUCAGGCCUCACCUCCAUCCCCCGCUUCUUCGUCCACCCACCCGAAUCUCUACCCGACCCCCGACAUCAUACCAAACCCGAUACCCCAAUCCCCACCAUCGACCUGGCGGAUCUUCACACCGAUCGCCGCUCCUCCGUCGUUGACCAAAUCAGCCGCGCCUGCCGAACGUUCGGGUUCUUCCAGAUCACUAAUCACGGCAUCCCAUCGGUAACUCUUGACCGCACGAUCGCAGCCGUCAGGGCCUUCCACGAGCAGCCGACGGAGGUGAAAGCGCGGUUCUACCGCAGAGAGAUGGGCACGGGCGUAUCGUAUAUCUCCAACGUGGACCUCUACAGCUCAAAAGCCGCCAGCUGGAGGGACACGCUUCAAGUGAGGUUGGGCCCGAUUCCCGCUGUUCCUGAAGAAGUACCGGAGAUUUGCCGGGAGGAUGUAGUUGAGUGGGACCGCGAGAUCAAACGGCUGGGGGAGGUGCUGAUGGAGCUGGCGAGCGAAGGCCUGGGAUUGAACCCGAAGAGGUUGCAGGAGAUGACGUGUCUGGAAGGGAGGGUGAUGGCGGGCCAUUACUACCCGUACUGCCCGCAACCUGAUCUGACGGUUGGGCUUACAUCUCAUUCUGACCCGGGAGUGCUGGCCGUGGUGCUUCAGGACCGCAUGGGUGGGCUGCAGGUUAAGUACGGUGACGGUUGGGUGGAUGUGAAACCUGUUCCCGGUGCCCUCGUCAUCAACGUUGGGGAUUUUCUUCAGAUUGUGUCCAAUGGUGAAUACCGAAGUGUAGAUCAUCGUGUGUUGGCGAACUCAUCCCGUGAACCCCGUGUGUCAAUCGCUGUGUUUUUCAAUGUGAGUAGAAGGGAUGACUCAUACGGGCCAUUGCCGGAGCUGGUCUCCCCAGAGAAACCAGCCCUUUACCGGCAGUUUACGCUUUCAGAGUUCAUGCAAAGGUUCUUCAAUAAAGGGUUGGAUGGCAAAGCUUUGGUAAAUCACUUUGAGCUGUAAAAUACCACUAUAUGACCAGAACUGAAGUAUGACCCAUUGUAUUUGAGAGGUGUGUCCUCAUCUUUAUUGUAAUAAAAAUACGAAUUGGAUUAUCAAAUGUGGAGUCUGCUUCGACAAUUAAGAGCAUUCGUUCA